UCUGCAGGAAAGAUUCGAGCCCGUUCCAAUUAUUUUAAAUAAGAUAGAUAACUUUAAUUAUACUAUUAUAGUAAUCAUUUAAACAAAUCGAAUCUUUUCCCACGCAUUUAAAAUUUCUCAUACAAUAAACCCUCUGACUUGAGGUGAUUAAGAUCUCAAAAUUAAACCUCAGUAUCUAACCUCCGGUCUGAUGGAGCUAAUGAACUUAACAACAAACGUGAAGCAAAUACAAGAUGAUGUAUUAAAGGAGAUACUUACACUUAAUGCUAACACAGAGUAUCUCAGAGGCUAUAUUCAUGGAAGUUCUGACAAAGAGUUAUUCAAGAAGAACGUACCGGUCGUAAGCUACGAUGAUGUUAAGCCAUAUAUCCAACGUGUCGCGAGUGGAGAACCUUCGAAUGUCAUUUCUGGAAAACCCAUUACUAGAUUUCUAUUGAGCUCUGGAACUUCUGGAGGGAAACAGAAGAUCUUCCCUGUUAACAACAAGUUCUUUGAGGACAUGGCAUUUAUCUACGCUUUACGCUCAUUCCUUAUAUCAAAGCAUACUGAAGGUGACGAAAAGGGAAAGGUGGUAAUGUUGUUUUUCGCCAGAGAGCAGUCUAUAAGUCCAUGUGGUUUGCCCAUUUCUACUUCCGUUACAGGCUAUUUAUUGAGUGACAGUUUCAAGAACCGGCCUUCAAAUUGUUUUACAAGCCCUGACGAAGUGAUGUUGUGUCCAGAUCUCAAACAGACUAUGUACUGCCAUCUUCUUUGCGGUCUUCGUCAGAGAGGCGAAGUUGUGGCUGUGGCUGCUAGCUUUGCUUCUUCUUUGGUUGGAGCAAUCACUUUUCUUGAGAGCUACUGGAAAGAAAUCUGUAACAAUAUCCGGUCUGGCCAUGUUAGCGAGUGGAUCACCGACCUUAGUUGCAGAGACGCUGUUACUAACAUCCUAGGAGGGGGUAAUUCCGAAUUAGCAGAUAAGAUUGAAGAAGAAUGCAACAAAACAUCUUGGAAAGGUAUAAUCCCACGUCUUUGGCCUAAUGUGAAAUUCAUCCAAAGCAUUGUUACAGGACAAAAUUCUCAAUACAUUCCAAUGUUAGAGUUUUACUCCAACAAAGUGCAUUUGUUCUCCCCCGCAUACGGAUCUUCUGAAACAAUGUUUGGGGUGAAUGUGAAUCCCUUAUGCAAACCAGAAGAUGUAUCAUAUACUUUUAUGCCCAACAUAUCCUACUUUGAGUUCAUACUUGCUGACAAAGGAAAUGAAGGUGAAAUUGUUGAUCUUGUGAAUGUCGAGAUUGGGUCCUACUAUGAGCCAUUGAUCACAAACUAUUACGGUUUACACAGAUAUAGAAUGGGAGAUAUUCUACAAGUGUCUGGAUUUUACAAUAAUGCACCUCAAUUUAGGUUCGUAGGCAGAAAAAAUUUGGUUCUAAGCGUCAACUUGGAAGUCACAACUGAAGAAGACAUUUUAAAGGCGUUGAAUAAUGCAACACUCGUUCUUCAACGUUCAGAUUUACUAUUGAUGGGAUUCACAUCCUAUGCUGAUAUCUCCACUCUUCCAGGUCACUACAUUUUUUACUGGGAACUCAAAGCCAAAAACAUCAGUGACAUUGUUAAACCUGAUAACAAAGUAUUGGUGGAAUGUUGUUGUGUAAUGGAGGAAUCAUUAAGUGCUCUUUAUCGGGAGAUAAGGAGUAAAGAUGGAUCAAUUGGACCUCUAGAGAUCAGGAUUGUGCAGCAAGGAACAUUUAACUCUCUGAUGGAGUUUUCCAUCUCUCAAGGUGCUUCGCCAUCUCAGUACAAGACUCCUAUGUGCAUCAAGUCUUCUGAAGCCUUAGUGGUUCUUGAUAAUAAUGUUCUUGCUCGCUUUUUCAGUGAUAAGUCCCCUCCUUUCUGAUCAGAUAUGGUCUACUGGGAUUAUGAUAACCCGUGGAAACAAUUAGAUCAUAUGGCUGAGAAUAAUGAAGGGACAAAGUUGUUCGGUGAGCUAGAUUGGGUUUUGUGGAAGUGUGGUUUGUGAAUUUAAAUCUUUUUUUUUCUUGACGUCCUAAUUUUAUAUCUUUAUGUGUAAUUUGGGUAAAAGUCAAUUACAGUAAAAAAAACUUUAUAAAUUAAUAAUGUUAAGACUAUGAUAUUUUAUUAAUUAUGGAGUUAUUAAUUAACAAAAAUUUCUCUUUUUAGAUUUUUUUAUUUAAUAAAAUAAAAAAUAGUUGAUUUUAUCAUAUAUCCAUUAAUUAAAUCUUAGAAAUUAGACUUUCAUAUUGUUUUAUUAUAUUAUUUAUUCUAUAUCUUUAUGUUUCGUAGAAUUCAAAUGUAGUUUAGAUAUAAUUUUACUAAAUAUUAUCAAAAUAUAUUGAUUUUUUUUAAAUAGUGAUAAUUUCACUGUGAAUAUAAAACCAACAAUAUAGUUUUUAGUUUAUAUUUAUCUAAAAUGCAUAUUUAGAUAGAUUAUUGAUUUAUGAUUUUAAUGAGACCAUAUAUUUACAUUGAUUUUUUUAUAAAAAAAUAUUAUCUUAUUAUUUUAGCAUUUGUGUCAUAUUGUGAAUUGGUAUGACUCGGACUAGAAAAUUUAUUAAUUUAUAGUAUUUAUUAAUUUACUAAAUAUUAAUUUAUAUAUUUUCUACAGUAUUAAGUUUGGCCCAACAAUGGUCCAGUUGACAAAAAAAGAUUUUGAUAUUUCAUAAAUUAACCAAUUUAACCGAAGUUUACCCGCCCAACCAACCAAAUAAAUCAAAACUGACCGAUUAAUUUGAAACUGAACCAAAA